AUGGUCUUGGCACUACAGGCGGGGAAGCAUCUUUCCCGGAUCAGGCAGAGCGCCUGGGCAGGGAGCUUCCUUGCCAGCGUUGGCAGCGUCCUGAGUCAAGCAUGUCUGCACAUGCCCCUGCACCCUGUGACAACAGGGACACCCCGCGAGGUGCGGGUAUCGCGGGAAAAGGCCCUGAGCCCUUUGCAUGUGGGCCAGUCCCUAGCUGGCGGGGUGAGCACAGGACACGUGUGUGUGUGCUUGCGUCUACACACACGGUGCCUGGCACUGGGCGCCUCAGCAAGACAAGGACGUGGACUGGCUGCGUGGCUCUGCAGCUUGGGUCAUCAUCAUGCACCAGCCCAUGAUGUGGCUCCUGCCACGCUGCCCAGGGCGUCCUGCUCAGCAGCUGUGUCUGCCUGCUCUCCCCAGGUGACCUUUCAUGAUGUGGCUGUGCUGACCGAGAAGCUGUUCCCCAUUGUCGAGGCCAUGCAGAAGCACUUCAGCGCCGGCUCAGGCGCCUACUACAGCGACUCCAUCUUCUUCCUCUCGGUGGCCAUGCACCGCAUCAUGCCCGAAGAAAUCCACCGCAUGAUCCAGGUGGACUUGGACCUGAAGUACAAGGCCAACAUCCGGGACCUGUUUGAGGAGUUUGACAAGUUCCCGCCGGGAGCCGUCAUCGGGAUAGCCCGGGAGAUGCAGCCGGUGUACAGGCACACGUUCUGGCAGUACCGCCGGGAGAACCCGCAGACCAAGGUGGGCGACCCCCCACCAGAUGGGCUGCCGGGCUUCAACAGUGGCGUGCUGCUGCUCGACCUGGAGGCCAUGCGCCAUUCCCCGCUCUACAACCGGCUGCUGGAGCCGGCUGCGCUGCAGGAGCUCACGGAGAAGUACCACUUCAAGGGGCACCUGGGGGACCAGGACUUCUUCACCCUGGUGGGCAUGGAGCAUCCCGAGCUCUUCCACGUGCUGGACUGCACCUGGAACCGGCAGCUCUGCACCUGGUGGAAGGACCACGGCUACAGCGACGUCUUCCACCGCUACUACGCCUGCGAGGGCCCGGUGAAAAUCUACCAUGGGAACUGCAACACGCCCAUCCCCGACGACUAGCGGCCGCCGACGCCUCCCAUGGGGCUGGAGCGCACAGCGAGGGGUAGGUGGGGGCACCAGCACCAUGCCCCCCGGCCACCGCGGGUACCUGGGCCACGGGACCACUCUGUAACCGUUCCGUAGCCUGUAGCUUCACCCUGCAGGGAGGCAGAGUAGCCUAGUGGUUAGUGCAGGACCCCAGGCAUCAGAACAGCUCUGACCCUGGCUUACCUCAUGACCCUGGGCACAUUGCGGGGGCCCUUCGCAGCCUGGUUUCACUGUCUGAAAUGGGGAUCAUCACAGUUACCCUCCUCCCCGUGCAGUAGUCCUGAGGUCAGUUUAUGUAAUGAAAGCCUAGAGCCGCGUGCAUGCUGGGCCGACGUGCCUGACAGCCCUGAGCCUGGGAACCGGGGCAUGGUGCCCUGUGCUGCACACCCGGUGUCGGUGUCCUCGGCAGGCCGGCCCUGCGUGGGGAGGGGGUUGUCUGCACACCGAGCCGUGCUGAUGACGUGGCAGCACUGCUGGGUUAUUGGGACCACAGUUGAGAUGCAGGGAGUGCGGAAACCUGCCUCCUGUUCCCAGCCACAAAGCUUUACUACACGGCUCCUCUCAGAGCCACUCAGUGCACCUGGACCAGGACCAGGAGCUUCCUUUGUCUAGCUUCCCCCUCCCUCUUGUAUGGCCGUGCAGCUGCACGUUGCCCUGCCCUUGUCAGCAUCCUGUGGCCUGAAGCUUCGGGGAAAUGGAUUUUGUAUGAAUAUUUUCUUUUCUUUCACUCUGGUUAGGAUGUAGCCAGCACAGAGCUGUUGGGUAGGUACGGCACCAUGUCCUACAUGCCUCAGCCAUGUGCGAUUGCAGGAGUGUCCCCUGUCAGGCAUGUAAUAAAGUGUAUUCACAUCCAUUAUUAU